AUGCGCUGCACCAUACCACCUCAUGUUUCCGUUGCUAUGAUAUUCGACUUAUCGCGAUACAUGUAUAUUCGUAAUACACUACUCAUAAGGUUGUUGAAAAUUCUCCGACAGCCCACUUUUUCCGAUAAAUACUUAACAGCUGAGGGGCAAUCUAUUUUUCUGACAAAACCAGAUGAAACGAUUACAUGGACCGGUGUACCGGUUGAAGUGUUUGGAGGGUUGGCGAUAGACUCAACUCAAACUCUCGUUUAUGAUAUUCUACAACUGAAUGUGCUGCACACAGGCCACCUCAUGAUUCAGAAACUACUCACAUUGUUGCUGAAAACUCUUCGACAGCCCACGACCGGUUUCGCCCUUCUUGAGCCCCAAGAGGGGCGAAACCGGUCGUGGGCUGUCGAAGAGUUUUCGGCAACCUUACAGACUGACGGUGUCACUAUAGUCUCUCCCGUAUCACCCGACCAAUUCCACCUUCAAAACACGCUCUACAGACAGACUGACGGUGUCACUAUAGUCUCUCCCGUAUCACCCGUAGCGGCUAAUCUGUUCCCACGCAAUGUUGAGACUAAGGCCUUUCGUGACUUCGCCCAUCUACCACGCACCUGGCUGAGCUACACUGACGACAUACUUGCGAUCAUACCAGCGACACAAAGCAGCAAGCCCUUCCAAACUGCUCGAAUGAACAAUGCAGUAUCAUGCAGUUCACGAUUGAAACAGAGAACAAAUAGAGGACCAUUGGUCUCCUGGACUACAUUCUUUCGGUCAACCACAAAAACCUACACCUGCAGACAGGUAUUCGCCCUAGAACACUUCGCAUCCACACUACGUCAAACGCGCGGUUGUUGGAGCGAUGACCAAACGUAUCAAGAAACUAUGCUCGGAGAAGUACAUACGAACGGGCGAACUGACGCGACUCAGCGAAAUAAAUACCACCUGAGGCUCAUUACCCAACAAAUGGGAAGAACGUUACUCGGAACGACGCCGUUUAAAAAGUACUUCAUGAGUAUGAUGUUAAAAGAUUCUUCCGAAUUGACAACACCUUACAACGGCACCCAAUCGAACUGA